AUGCCAGACAAUCGCACAAAUAGACUCAAUUUCACCGAUAAUGCUAGCAAAUCCGUGCUUUCGUUGACUUCGCCGGCGAAGUUGAAUGUGGUAUCUUCAGACUGGUCGAAGAUGACGGCGAAAAAGCCUGCGGGCAAAGUGACGAAGAGACAGACUUCGAGCAGCUCGGCCACACUGUCGAAUGUGACGAACAUCAUGCCGAGCUCGAAAAGUGGGUCUCAAAGACCCACGUUGCAGUACGUCCCACCACUUCUCAAACGAUCAUCUUCUUUGUUCAAAGACGAUCUGGAGUCCAGCGAUAAUCGCAAAUCCAUCAAAUCUCAGGAUUCAGACGAAAGUUGUUUUACCACAGAUCGCUUCAUCCCUCUUCGCAAAGAGAAUUCGUUUUCACAUUCCAAAAUCGAUCCGCUGGAUCUGGACGAAGAAAUUCCACCACCCAAUGCAUCGCCUUCGACACAUUUAAAGGCUCAAACCAAGCGGGUGUUCAAGCAAAACGUCGCAGAAGCUUGCGGACUGGACAUGAAUCAACGAAUCCUGCAAUACAUGCCCCGACCUCCUGCAUCAUCAAGCUGCAAGCAAACGUAUUCGAUCGGCAAUCGAUCUCAUUAUUCAUAUUCGUCAUUGCACGGGCCAGGACCCGGCCCGGAGCUUGCCAAACUCAGAAAGAUCAAUUCCAAUCCCGAAAGAAUCCUCGAUGCACCAGGGUUUCAAGACGAUUUUUAUCUCAAUCUGGUGAGCUGGUCAAAUAAGAACGUUCUAGCGAUUGCGCUUGAUUCAGCAUUGUAUCUGUGGAAUGGUGCAACUGGAAGCGUCACAUUGUUGGUGGAUUUCGAACAACCGAACGCUAUAAGCAGUGUUACAUGGUCCGAUGACGAUUGCCAUAUCUCGAUCGGCAGGUCUGGUGGAGACACAGAGAUUUGGGACGUUGAAACAAUGUCGCAUGUCAGGACCAUGAGAUCUGAAUUAGGCGUUCGCAUAGGGUCUCAGUCAUGGUUAGAGACAUUGAUCGCAACUGGAGCCAAAAGUGGUGAAAUUCACAUCAACGACGUGCGAAUCAAAAACCACAUCGUAUCUAGCUGGGAAGAACAUCGAGGUGAAGUUUGCGGCAUAAGUUACCGUCCUGAUGGGUUACAAUUGGCUUCAGGUAGCAACGACAAUACCGUUGUUAUUUGGGACACCAGAACAUCUUUACCACAGCAUAUUAAAAGACAGCAUACCGCCGCCGUCAAAGCCAUGGCCUGGAGCCCUGACACCACAAACCUUUUGGCAACUGGUGGCGGUCAAACAGACAAACAUAUUCAUUUCUGGAACACCACAACAGGUGCCAGAACUGGCAGCAUCAACACCGGAUCUCAGGUGAGUUCUUUACACUGGGGUCAGAGUUACAGUUCAAGUACAAUGCAACGAGAAAUAGUCGCCACAGGUGGUAAUCCAGAAAACGCUGUAUCCAUUUACAAUUUCGACACCAAAUUUAAAGUCGCCGAGAUUGUCAAUGCGCAUGAGGCAAGGAUUUGCUCUAGCCAGUUGUCUCCAGAUGGCACGGUUUUGGCGACGGUUGGUGGUGACGAGAAUCUUAAGUUUUACAAGGUAUUUGAACCCAGAAGGAAAAGACCUCAAGGAGUUUGCGACGGUGAGAGUCUUAUGGGCUUGCUCAACGUAGGAGAUACCUGUGACGAUGACGCUUCACGGUCACCAACUCGAAGAAACACUUCAGAUUUUGUCAUAAGGUGA